AUGGCUGAUCAACCAGCCAGACCCAAAGAAGACAAGCAGACGUCGCCUCUGAGAUCGAAGAUCGUGCGCUCCCAGAAGAUAUCCUCCUCCGCCGCCUCCUCGGGCGCCUCUCCGUCUCCCUCGCCCUCCUCGGAGCGCGCAGACGUCCCGACCCCCCUCCCAAGGUACGACAACUACCAAGACUCGGCGUCCGCCCCGGACCGUGCCCCUCCUGUGCCGCGCAGCCAUACGCCAGGCCACCUCUCCUCCAAGAGCCAGGUGUCCAGACGCAAGCCCUCCACCUCCGACCUCUCGAUAAGGCAGAGGGCCCAGUCUGCUGCCGCAGCCCCUUCUGCCUCCGCCCCGAACACUUCCUCCAGCGCGCCGCCCCCCGUCAGCAUACGCAACGCCGCCGCCGCCGCCUCGUCCUCGGCUGUGAACAGGCCGCGGGAGAACGGCGAACAAAGGGCAGACGGCAGGCCAGAGUCGAGAGACGAUGCAUCCGCUGGUGGGGCCCGCCCGGCCGCCCUUCGGUCUACGUCAGCCAUAGCAGGCAAGCCGGCACCGUCCGCACCCACAACAGACUCACGCUCGGCCACCAACGGCACCACCCGGUCAUCCAACGCCCACCGCGCCUCAGCAACAACCACCCCGAAACACUCCGCCGCCGGCUCCUACAAGCCAUUCCCACCCCUCGCCUCCCCCACCAACUCCAUCCACGUCCCCCCCGCACCCAGCUCGGGCAUGUACUGGUCACGCGCCCCCGUGUCAGGGCGCCCACACCCGGCCCUGCGGGCUCACACGACAACAAUCAUCGGCAGCAACAUCUACGUCUUUGGCGGAUGUGACAGCCGUGCGUGUUUCAACGACCUCUACGUCCUGGACGCCGACGCUUUCCACUGGUCACAACCAUACGUUUCGGGCGACAUCCCCGUCCCGCUGCGCGCCAUGACCUGCACCGCCGUGGGCAAGAAGCUGGUCAUCUUCGGCGGCGGCGACGGGCCCGCUUACUACAACGAGGUGUAUGUGCUCGACACGGUCAACUUCAGGUGGACCAAGCCGCGGAUCCUGGGCGACAGGGUUCCUUCCAAGAGACGGGCACAUACGGCAUGUCUGUACAAAAACGGUAUCUACGUGUUCGGCGGCGGGGACGGCGUGCGGGCACUCAACGACAUCUGGAGGCUGGACGUGAGCGACCUGUCCAAGAUGAGCUGGAAGCUGGUCUCGAGCCCGACCGACGAGGUCGGCGGCGGCAAGACCAGGUCUCCGGGGGGGAGCACCACCCCGGGCAAGGACUCCAAGCCAAAGGCUCGCGGCUACCACACUGCCAACAUCGUUGAUGGCAAGCUGAUCAUCUUUGGCGGCUCCGACGGCGGCGAGUGCUUCAACGAUGUGUGGGUGUACGACAUCGAGACCCACGCAUGGAAAUCUGCGCCCGUGAGCGGGACGUUUAGGCGGCUCUCACACACCGCGACCAUCGUGGGAUCCUACCUCUUCGUCAUCGGCGGGCACGACGGCAACGAGUACUCCAACGAUGUUCUGCUGCUCAACCUCGUGCAGAUGACAUGGGACAAGCGCAGGGUCUACGGGCUGCCCCCCAGCGGCAGGGGCUACCACGGCACCGUCCUGCACGACUCCCGGCUCUUGACGAUCGGGGGCUUUGACGGCGGGGAGGUAUUUGGUGACGUUUGGAUCCUAGAAAUGGCGGUGCACGCGUAUUAUUCGCAGAUCAGCCAUUUCCAGAUCGAGCUGUAG